CGUUCCGAGGGCAUCCGGCAGGCACCACACCCCCAUCCCUAGUGUAGCCACAAGCUGCAGCUUGAUUCAACCCUGGGGAUUCCUUCUCGGCUUUCCAGGUGGGGAGACGGAGGGCUUGGCUGAGUACCCAGCAUCACUGGGUCAAGAGGGCAAAGCCAGGCCCGAAACUCAGUGGCCUGCAUCCCGACGGAGCUGUCCAGACACGUGGAAGGCACGCAGCGCUGGGCGCUGGCAGCUCCUGGGGUUCUGGGUCCAGCUCUGCUAGUAACUUGCUGUCUAGAGGUCUUGAAGUCCCUUCUCCUCUCUGGGUCGCAGAGAUGGGACCGUCAAAGUGGCUGUCACCAAGUAUGUAAAAGCAGCGUGUGAACUGUAAAGUGCCUUGCACAUGCCAAGGGCUAUCACCGGUGACUCUCCAGGUCCAUCUUGUCCUCUUCAUUCAUUAUCCCAGCCCCAAGGGCAGCCUGCGAGUCAACCAGCUGCACGGCGAAGCUGGGUGUCAGAGCCCUCCAUGCCCAGAGGGUUCAAGUCCUCAGGCCCUGCAUCUUCCCCGGGUGACCACGCCGGCCUCAGGUCAUGCACGGACACAAUCGCAACGGGCAGGCCCACGUGCCCCGGCGGAAACGCCGCAACCGCUUCGUCAAGAAGAACGGCCAAUGUAACGUCUACUUCGCCAACCUGAGCAACAAGUCGCAGCGCUACAUGGCGGACAUCUUCACCACGUGUGUGGACACACGCUGGCGCUACAUGCUCCUGAUCUUCUCCGCGGCCUUCCUAGUCUCCUGGCUCUUUUUUGGCCUCCUCUUCUGGUGCAUUGCCUUCUUCCACGGUGACCUGGAGGCCAGCCCCUCGGUGCCCGCAGCGGGAGGGCCCGGGGGCAAUGGCGGGGCGGCCCCAGCAGCCCCUAAACCUUGCAUCAUGCAUGUGAAUGGCUUUCUGGGUGCCUUCCUGUUCUCCGUGGAGACUCAGACGACCAUCGGCUACGGCUUCCGAUGCGUGACCGAGGAGUGUCCACUGGCAGUCAUUGCCGUGGUGGUCCAGUCCAUCGUGGGCUGUGUCAUCGACUCCUUCAUGAUAGGUACCAUCAUGGCCAAGAUGGCACGGCCCAAGAAGCGAGCGCAAACGCUGCUGUUCAGCCACCACGCGGUCAUCUCCGUGCGUGAUGGCAAGCUCUGCCUGAUGUGGCGCGUGGGCAACCUGCGCAAAAGCCACAUCGUCGAGGCGCAUGUGCGGGCUCAGCUCAUCAAGCCCUACAUGACCCAGGAGGGUGAGUAUCUGCCCCUGGACCAGAGGGACCUCAAUGUGGGUUAUGACAUCGGCCUGGACCGCAUCUUCCUGGUGUCACCCAUCAUCAUCGUUCACGAGAUCGACGAGGACAGUCCUCUCUAUGGCAUGGGCAAGGAGGAACUGGAGUCCGAGGACUUCGAGAUCGUGGUCAUCCUCGAGGGCAUGGUGGAGGCCACGGCCAUGACCACGCAGGCUCGCAGCUCCUACCUGGCCAGCGAGAUCCUGUGGGGCCACCGCUUCGAGCCUGUGGUCUUCGAGGAGAAGAGCCACUAUAAGGUGGACUAUUCACGCUUCCACAAGACCUACGAGGUGGCCGGCACGCCCUGCUGCUCUGCCCGGGAGCUACAGGAAAGCAAGAUCACCGUGCUGCCUGCCCCGCCACCCCCACCCAGUGCCUUCUGCUACGAAAACGAGCUGGCUCUCAUGAGCCAGGAGGAAGAGGAGAUGGAGGAGGAGGCGGCCGCUGCGGCGGCCGUGGCUGCGGGCCUGGGCCUGGAGGCGGGUUCCAAGGAGGAGGCGGGCAUCAUUCGGAUGCUUGAGUUUGGCAGCCACCUGGAUCUGGAACGCAUGCAAGCUACCCUUCCGCUGGACAACAUCUCCUACCGCAGGGAGUCGGCCAUCUGACCUCCAGGCCCCGCCCCUCGUGUCCCCUCCCGCAAGAACCUGUGCUGGGGGUGGGGAGCCAGGACGCACCUCCCACUUUCAGGACAGAGCUGAACCUGGGGGCUUGCGGGGGGGGCCAAAGACCCAAGGGGGACCCCUUCCUGUGGACUACAGAGCCCAGAACUGGGAAGGACCCAGGUAUUAGGGCCUGUUGGCCUGUGCUCCCCAGCAUCUCCCCACGGUGACUUUGGGUCCCUAGACCUCCCACCCUUUCCCCACUGACCCUUCAAGGAUGUUGCCCCCUUUACUCUCAGGACCUUGGGGAA